AGAUCAUCUUAAAUUUCAGAUUGAAGCAAGAAACUAAAAUUGAACGCCAAAUGCACCUCGUUUUCUGCUUUAUUUUCAUUGUCCUUGAAUUCACUUCUCUUUCUUAUUUGCAGGUCAUUUUCUUUUAACGCAUUUGUUAAUAGAAACCAUGACAAAAACGGCUCGUGAGAUGAAGAGAGAGGGAAGAAUUGUGAAUGUUUCAUCAGAGGGACACCGAUAUACUUAUAAAGAAGGAAUACGUUUCGAUAGACUCAAUGAUAAAGAAGGGUACAAGACCUUGGCUGCGUAUGGCCAGUCAAAACUAGCUAACAUACUCCAUACAAAUGAGCUGGCGAGGCGAUUAAAGGAAGAUGGAGAAGAAAUAACUGCAAAUUCACUUCACCCUGGAGCAAUUGUAACCAAUCUUUUCGAUAGAUUUGGUGUUUUUAAAGGUAACUUGGGUGGUUUCAAAAGUAUAUUUAAAUGAUUUGAUUUAAUGCCUCCAUAACAAAUUAUCGACUAAUUUUCGGUUGCAUGUUUGGAAUUUUGCUUCCGUUGGAAUCUAUUGUGCAAAAGUAAACAAUAAAAACUAAAAUCGAAUAAAAGAAAAACAAUAAGAUCAACAAACAUAAAUUUAACUGGUUUGUCAAUUUGCCUACGUCCAUCCACAGUACAAAAAAAAAAA